CUUUUCUACUUGUUUCUUUUUCUUUUGACAGCUCUUAUUUUAAUAGCUGACGCAUACAACUGACAACUAACCUAGCUUAAUUUAAAAGAGAGAAUUUUCGAUUAGAAUUUAACCAAAUUUUAUUGUAUGUCAUUUUUAAAUUUCUGGAUAUUUUCUAGAAGUAUUAUAGCCAUUUAAAGGCUAUAAUACUUCUAGAAGUCAUUUAAAAGAAAAGAAGGAUCUCAAAAAAGCUACUACAACAAAUAUUAAGUUUAAUAAUUCUUCCUUAAUUUUACUUGAAAUAUACUUAUUUUUUAUACUCAUACACAUAUAAUCGCAAUUGCCACAAUGUUUAAAAGCACAGCAUUGUUUGUGAUAAUCAUUGCUAGCACUGUACUGAAUAUACUAGCAAUGUCUUUUGAAGAUAUAUCAUCAAUCACAAAAUCAAACACUUUUAAACAGAUAUCUACAGCAUGUAAUGAUUUUACAAAUUCAUUGUACAAAACUUUAGCAGUAAGCGCAGACAAGAAUAUAAUAAUUUCUCCUUUUAGCUUACAUAUGAUAUUAUCCUUACUUUCUAAUGGCGCUGGAGGAUCUACACUGGAUGAGUUGAGAUCUGCUCUUGGCUAUAAUAAUAAAGAUAAUGAUAAAGAAUCUUUAAAUGAUGAAUUUAAAGCUCUGAUCGUCUUGUUAAAUGAUAUGGAAAAUGUCACAUUGAAUAUAGCAAAUGCAGCAUAUAUUCAAAAGGAAGUUGAUUUAAUGGGAGAUUUUUUAUCAAUAUGCAUGAAUAUUUUUCAAUCUGCAAUUUCCAAAAUAAAUUUCAAAAAUAAUGUACAUGCUGCAGAAACUAUUAAUUUAUGGGUCCAAAUGGCAACACAUAAUAAGAUAUCCGACAUAAUAUCUCCAGAUGAUAUCAGCAUAGAUACAAAUUUUAUAUUGGUAAAUGCUAUUUACUUUAAAAGUAGAUGGCUAAAACCGUUUAAAGAAGAGGAUACGCAACUACGUGAAUUUCAUAUUUCGAAAACAGAAAUAUGUCUUGUUCCAACAAUGUAUAAAAAAGCAACAUAUUCUUAUGGUGAAGUACCAGCUUGGAAUACACAAUUCAUCGAAAUACCAUAUUUGAAUGAGAAAAUUGUAAUGAUAAUAUUAUUGCCGGAUAAAGAAGUAGAACUGCAGGUCAUAGAAAACAAUUUUAAUUGGGAAACAUUGGUAAAAACACACAGAUUUCGUGAUGAUUUCGAAUUAUAUCUACCCAAAUUUAAAUUUGAAAUCGCUAUUAAUUUAAAAGAUAUUUUAAAUAAGAUUGGACUGAAUUCAAUGUUUAAGGAUAAUUGCGAUUUUUCACGUCUUUCACAAUUUCCCCUAAAAGUGAACAAUGUAUUACAAAAAAUUUUCAUAGAUGUUAACGAACAAGGUGCGGAAGCUGCUGCUGUAACAGCUGUCGAAAUGAGGUUGAAAAGAAUGGCAAUCGAACCGAUGGAAUUUAUCGUAGAUCGUCCAUUCAUGUUUGCAAUUGAACAUAAACCAACUAGAAUCCCACUAUUUUUAGGAAGCGUUCGAAAACUGAACGCAUCUAAUUCACCCAUUUCAGUGAAAGAUGGAACUAAUAUAAAAGAUGAAUUAUAAAUUCUAUUCUAUUUUUAAGUUUAGUGAAAGUUUUAUAUCACUAUAUAUGUAAAGAAUUUAAAUUUUGAGAUUUUAUUAGAAUAUAUAAAGUUUAUCUAUUAAUAAAUAAAAUUUAUAUUUUCUGAGAA